AUGUCGCAUAUAACUUCUUCACCGAUGGCAAUAUUUCGAUUUGAAUUCCAUAUUUUAUUACUUGUCUGUUGUGUUGUUGCUAUAACAUCAUAUAAAAUCGAUCAUCAUCUAUAUGACGAUAGAAAUGAACGGGCUGUAACUGAAUGGCGUUUUCGACGUAAUUUUUUACAAUUAUUACCUUUUUUUGAUGCAAAUUAUGCGAAUGACGAUUUGGUUGAAAAAGACAUGAUGGAUAAUGAUGAUGAAUAUGAAAUUAAAGCAGAUGACAAGAAAUAUCUUCCUAAUUUAUCAUAUGAUCGAAUUAUUGAAUGA